AUGCACUCGUGACCUGGCUUUCGUGGAAACGACCGCAAAGCAACCCCAGAUCUAGCCUCCUACCUAGCCUAACGCCAUCAGGCUCCUCGCAGCUCACUAAUAAACGGCUGUCCCAAUCUCGAGGCCUGCUACACGAGCGCGGCUCUGCAACCAGAGCACUGACCUCGUCACCUUAUGGACAGCCUGUUUUCCGGCCUGGUCCUAAUUCCAAACCGCCUCAAUACACUAGCCACUUAAGCUUAUCGGCAAUGGAACACCUCAAGCUGCCCGCGAGCUGCCUCGGGGCGGGGACUAAGACAUCCAGUGUUCCUCGCAUGUGUGGACAACAUCAGGCUCGGAAAUUUUACUCGGCAGCAUCCAAUAGCUGGGCCAAAAUAUGCUCUCUAGCCACAUCGACCUUCCAUCAGGCCACGGGAUCCAAGUCUCGACUUCUAAUCAGUUCAAUCUUCUUCUUUUCUUUCAGUCCAUCCCAACGACUCGACACCGGAUGGUCGCUAACCACACAACCAGACCCGUUCUCCCAUGGCUCAUUUCGGCAAGCCAAGACCUUGCAGGGCUUGCAAACCGUUUCAAAAGCCUUUGGAGGCUCAAAACCAUUCUUUUCGUCCCAACUCGCCAUCUAUGAGCAAAGGAUUGGGAACCCAUCCCAUCUCUCUUUCGCCCAGGGGCCUGUCUGGACCAACUCGAGCAGGCUUUCAUUCCGUCUACCCGUGACCCGAGUCGUAUGGGAGCCACGACCGCCACGCUCAUCAUCUCUCCCCUUCAGUCGUUCCCAUCACUCAUUCCCACCCGCCAGAGAAAAACCUCCGAAAAGCCGCCCCAUUCGCAAGCUCACCCCUGUCGUCAACCUUUCGAAACUCGAGUACUGGCUCCAGUUUGCCUUGCUUCAACCAGUACGACAUCAUAACUCCAGCAUCGUUUGCUAGCGUACACCAUAUGCGCGCGUCUGACACAAACGCAACCCUUUCGUCGUUGCCUUUCUUUCUCUCUACACCGCAUGUCGGGCGCAGUCCCACUUUGUGGACUCUCCCACUCGCCUUGUUGUCUUCGGACAGCUAAGCAUCCCUUUCAAGCCUU